AUGCAUCCAAUUCGACACGCUAAAGAACAGUUGGCUUCUGAUAUUCAAGAAGCGUCACAUAAAGCACCAGAACUUGUCAAAAAUGUAGUGUGUGCUGUUGGUGACCAAGUAUCAAAGUUAAAUGAAAAAAUAUUUGAACCAGGUAAAGAACAGCUGGCUGAAGAUUUACAUUACCGACAUGGAGGGAAAAGGGAAAAAUUACUAACACAUGCAAUUGGUGUGGGAAAAUAUGAAAAAAUGGCACAUUUUUUAAAUGAUAAUGUUGUUCAGGCAAUGAAAGAUAAAGAAAAUGAUAAUGCGAAGGUUGUGGAAACGAAAGAAGACAAAGAUAAAAAAUAA